AUGAGCAAUAACACGGCCAUAACGCCUGAAUCAUACCCAAUGAAGGGUGGAGAUAGCACUUACAGCUACGCUAAGAACUCCUCUUUCCAGAAAUCAGCAACAAAUAUUGCAAAGUCUAUGAUCGACGAAGCAAUCACAGAUUAUCUUGACAUAAAAGAUUUCUCUUCAGCAUCAUUGAACAAUAAAUUCCACAUAGCUGAUUUGGGAUGUUCAGUUGGGCCCAACACCUUUAUUUCUAUGCAAAACAUACUUGAAGCUGUUCAACAAAAGUACCAAUCUCAACUAGGUGAUCAAUAUCCUCAUAAAUUUCCAGACUUUCAAAUCUUCUUCAAUGAUCAUGUCUCCAAUGAUUUCAACACACUUUUCUCUUCUCUACCCCCCGAGAGGCAAUACUUUGCGGUCGGUGUGCCAGGGUCUUUCCACGGCCGGUUAUUCCCAAAUUCAUCUCUCCACUUUGUGCAAUCUUCAUAUGCAGUCCAUUGGCUCUCAAACUUACCUGAGGAGUUGCUUGACAAGAACUCCCCCGCAUGGAAUGGAGGAAGAAUUCACUAUAUAAAUGCCGACGAUGAAGUAGGCAAGGCUUAUGUAGCUCAAUUUGCUAAGGACAUGGCAAGCUUUUUGGAUGCCAGGGCUAAGGAGAUAAUGGUUGGAGGUAUGAUGGUGUUGAUCAUGCCUUCAACCCCAAAUGAUGUGCCUCAUUCUAGGAUUCCUUCAGGUGUGAUGUUUGAUCUUCUGGGGUCUUCUCUUAUGGAUAUGGCUAAAGAAGAAUUAAUCAGUGAAGCUCAAGUGGACUCUUUCAACUUGCCCUUGUAUGCUGCUUCCCCAAAGGAGAUGACAGAACUCAUAAAUCAGAACGGGUUCUUUAGCAUUGUGAGAAUGGAGUUAAACAAUCUUUUUUCAUGUAUAGAUAGUCAAACAACUGGAAAAUCAUGUACUAUGCACCUGCGAGCUGCACUGGAGGGUAUAAUUGUCAAACAUUUUGGAAGUAAGGUAAUAGACGAAGUUUUUCAUAGACUUUAUGAAAAAACUCAAGAGUUUUCUGAAAGGCUUGAGUCAAGCUACAAGGAAGGAACUCAGCUUGUUCUUGUGCUGAAACGCAAAUUAAAAUAA